AUGUCUACUACCGCAGGACCCCAGAUUCCUCCUAGACCCACUCGCUCUCAGCAUGCCGGUGCGGCAAGUACAUCAAGGAUGCCUGAAAUCCCACCUCGUCCUGCGCACAAGCGCCUUGAUCGAUCUGUCUCCCCGAGCAGCUUUCCCCAUUCCCCUCUGUACGAUCCUCCUUCCAGCCACAAUCUAGGACGCUCAAUAUCAAAUGAUACCUCUAAUUUGAGUCUCCCCCCACGACCACCAAGCGUGACCUUGCCCUCCAUUGGUCAGGAGGGCAGCGAGUACGCGGAUAUCAACUACGACACUCCGACCCCAGCGGAAUCUGUUGGUCCUGAGGAAGUCGGUCAGAUGAGAAAUAUUGGCGGAGACCUGAAAUUACACGCUCCCAAACCCUCCCUACCCCAAGCUAGCGCCAAGGCUCAAGUCAAGGCCGUGACCAGAACGGACGAUCAGCAAGCAGCUGCUCAUGGAUUCGGCAAAGCUGGAUCGCCAUCUCAUGAAGAAUCUGAUCCAUUCACAAGGUCCCCAACACUAAGGGCGACAAGCAUACCAUCUGGCUCUCAGCCGUCAGGACCCACGUCCCGUAGACACUCGAUAGCCCCUGGCGAAGAGGAACAGGGACCAGCGGAGCUUGGCUUGCGUGUACCAAUCAAUCCCAAUAUGGGCGAUGUUCAAGCUCCAUCGCCUGCCCCCUUUUCUGCCCUUUCAGACCACCACGGCCCCGGAAAGAGGAGACAUCAUGCACGUACCAAAAGUGGUCGUGAAGUUUACUUGCCACCUGGGAGCUAUGGCUUGCACGGCCAUGGCGUUCCCACCCAUGACAAAUUCGACAAGGAUUGGUAUGCUAAGCAUCCCGACCAACUCUUGCAUGAGGAGACCAUUGGACACGGACAUUAUUCGGCAACUGGAAGCGGUCGCGGUGAAUGGGCACUCAGCAGCGAUGAUUUGAACAAGAUCGUCAGAAAUACCGCCAGCAGAGGUGCCGGUCUUGGUACCAACGAAGGGGUCAUGAGCUAUCCUGAUGAGCAGAUCGGGUAUCUUGCUUCUGAUCAAUAUUCGUCGCGUAUCGCGUCGCCUUCACAAGGUGGUGGCCAUUUACACAAGCUACACUCAAAUAGCUCGCAGCACGCGACAGAGUCGCCGCUGCGUAAAACAAGCUUUCCCGCUGGCCUCUUCCAGAAGAGUGAAUUUGACAAGUCCAAAGGAUCUCUUUCCGGAAGGUCGGACGAUAUCGAUAGUGAAGCAGCAGAAGAUGAUGUUAUUCAUGUGGAUGAUCCAGCUCGCCGAUACAACAAGGUGACGGGCGGUGAAGAGACCAUCAAUGAAUUAGAAGACCUUGGCCCUAAUGGAGGCAACGCCCCUGAUCAAGGCGGCUACAUUGAUGAGAACGGCUAUGGCGUUCCGAUUCUCGCGUCAGACGAGGUCGCAAAAGAUAUUGGAGCCGAGUACAUGCAGCCAGCAAUUUCACCAAAGCAGGAACGCAGGAGCAGUGGUUACUACGGUGGAGACGACCAUGCCAGUGGCAACAUCACGCCCACAUCACGCCCGACGAGUCGCCCAGGUAGCAUUCACGGUUUCAGUGCCUCACUAUCUCGAUACAUGGCCCGUCACGAGGAUCGGGAGGACCUCCACACCCCCCUCGAGGAUGUGGAUGAGUAUGAGCCACUCUUCCCAGACGAAGACAAGAACGCAAAAGGGUCUCUGAAUGCUGCAGACAGAUUCAAACUGCGUCCUGACACAUUGAAGCAUCGCUUCCCAAGUCAGGAUAUCUGGGAGGAUACCCCAAGCAGCGCGAUGCACGUUGCCACUGUCUCGUCAUCUGAUGUUGCAACACAAAAUGAGUCUACAGAUGCAGAGUCAUCGUCAAAAACAUUCGAAGAUUCUGGCGCUGAGUCGGCCAGAAAAAAUGAGGUCGACGAGGCUGAGAAGACUAAACUUAGCCCCAAAGAGGAAAGACAUGCCAAAUCGCGAUUUGCGCCACAUCUCCGGGAUGACAUGCCUACCCGACCCAACGUUCAGCAAAGAUUCCCAAGUCGUGACAUCUGGGAGGAUACGCCUGACAGUAUGCAAUUGGUCACGACUGUCGCCACGCCGCCGCCUCCCAGUGAAGAAGCAAAGAGCCCUGAGGGCGCACCACCAAACAAGCCUUUGAUACCACCAAGACCUAUGAAUAGGAGCAAAGUCGGCGAGGGCUCAGCCGUACCAAGCUUAUCACCCUCGGAUGAUGUCAAGCAACCUCAAGUUCCAGCUCGACCUCCAAAGCGAGCGCACGCAGUCCCACCGCCUACUAACAAAUUCACAGACAUCACUGUUCCUCCGCCACAAACUUCGGAGAAGAACAUCUCACCUACCGAGGCGAAAAAAGGACCUUCCCUUCCAGACAGGCCAAAGCCUCAGAUCCCGGCUCGUCCUACAAAGAAAGAAUCGUUGGAAGCUUUGACGAAGACAUUAUCCACAACCUCGUCUGGCAGCCAAGACACUGUUACCUCCACAACACUGCCAAAACCUAAGCCUGCCAUUCCUGUGAGACCGGUAGGAACCAAGGUCAACCUUCCAACAGCAUUCAUGUCUGAUCUCAACCAACGUCUUCAGUUGGGUCCUCGUCCCCCAGUCAAAGAGAAAGAGCCAGAACCUGUGGUGGCGAAGGAAGCCCUACCCUUGUCUGAUGCUCGUAAAGGCCGUGCAAGGGGGCCACAGCGAAGAGCACCAGCGAAGUCACCCAGCAGUUACGUCGAGACACCUUCAGUUACUUUUCCAAAAUUUAGCAUUGCUACACCCAUGCCAUUGUGGUCCAUUGGCGAAUACGAUGGACUGACAGUCCACAGUCUUGAGCGAUCAUCCUCAAACCCACAGAAGCCACUACCUAAAGUGCUACCGGACGAUGGGGACUUGAAUGCCACAGCCGCUGCCUCUGCUCGUCCAGCUGAUGCGCCUAAAGCUAUGGGGCCCACGGGUUUAGCACUGAACACUGCUGGCGAUAGUGCAGAUCCUAGCCCUAUGGAUUCGGCUAUUGCCACACCAGGCACCGAAAAGUCUGACCCACUAAGUAAGAGUAUUGGCACCCCUGUCCACGAGAAUAAAGAGGGGUUCUCUAGCCUUUCGAAACAGGUAGUAGCCAACAGUGGGACUACUGGUAGCUCACCACUCGGCAGAGCCGACAGCAAGAAUGAGGAGACAGGCAGCCUGGGUCCUGACAACAAUGAAAACAACACGGUGAGUGCCGUGGAGCACGGCGCGCUCUCAAAAGCUUCUACGGCAAGGUUGACAGCUAGUGGCGAACCACUCCAAAAGGCUCCAGCUCAAGAACCACACAUCGGGACAGUGAAGUCGGUCGGCGAGGAUGUCUUGGCUACAAAUGCUAGCGCAGAACCAACUUCGGAGAAGGAAAUGCCCAUCACAAGUGUUGAAACCAGCUCAAGAUUUGAAAAUGACGAUGUCAAUGUUUCAGCAGGGCAAGGGAAGGAGUCAGAGCACGUGGGCACAGGAGAGAGCGAGAUGAGGAUAGAGAGUGGGUUGAAAACGAAGAUUCCGCACAAGAAGCUGGAGGAGAUGACGGCCACGGCUGAUGGCAAGGGGCAUGCGGCGGAGGAGGAAGGAAGCGCGAAAAGUGGUUGA